CAGCCUUCUGCACUCACAGCCGAAGGGAAAGCAGCAGGUUGGGGCUUCUUUGGCCAACUUCAGAGCCUGUCACCAGGAAAGGUAAGCAUGGGAGGAAGGAAGAUGGCGACAGAUGAAGAAAAUGUCUAUGGUUUAGAAGAGAACACUCAGUCCCGGAAGGAGUCCACGCGGAGGCUCAUCCUUGUUGGGAGAACAGGGGCCGGGAAGAGCGCCACUGGGAACAGCAUCCUGGGCCAGAGACGGUUCCUCUCCAGGCUGGGGGCCACGUCUGUGACCAGGGCCUGCACCACGGGCAGCCGCAGGUGGGACAAGUGCCACGUGGAAGUCGUGGACACUCCGGACAUUUUCAGCUCCCAAGUGUCCAAGACAGAUCCUGGCUGUGAGGAGAGAGGUCACUGCUACCUGCUCUCGGCCCCCGGACCCCACGCGCUGCUCCUGGUGACCCAGUUGGGUCGGUUCACCGCCCAGGACCAGCAGGCGGUGAGGCAGGUGAGGGACAUGUUCGGGGAGGACGUCCUAAAAUGGAUGGUCAUCGUCUUCACCAGGAAGGAGGACCUGGCCGGAGGCUCCCUGCACGAUUACGUGAGCAACACAGAGAACCGGGCCUUGCGCGAGCUGGUGGCCGAGUGCGGGGGCCGGGUCUGUGCCUUUGAUAACCGGGCCACCGGCCGGGAGCAGGAAGCCCAGGUGGAGCAGCUGCUGGGGAUGGUGGAGGGCCUGGUGCGGGAGCACAAGGGCGCCCAUUACUCCAACGAGGUGUAUGAGCUGGCGCAGGUGCUGCGCUGGGCAGGCCCUGAGGAGCGGCUCCGGCGGGUGGCGGAGCGCGUGGCAGCCAGGGUGCGGAGGAGGCCAUGGGGCGCCUGGCUGUCGGCCCGGCUGUGGAAGUGGCUGAAGUCCCCCAGGAGCUGGAGGCUGGGCCUGGCCCUGCUGCUGGGGGGCGCGCUCCUGUUCUGGGUGCUGCUCCACAGGCGGUGGUCGGAGGCCGUUGCGGAGGUCGGGCCUGACUGACAGCAGGUCCUAAAACUGAAGGCAACUUGGUUAAGAGAGGCUGAAUUCUUGGAGCUGAAGGGAAAACUUCAUUCCAACGGAAGGAAUCCUGUAGUUUCAGGCAUAGUUUUAAUGACACAGAAAACUUUGAAUGCUGCAUCAUCUUUGCAACUUUGCCAAGGCUCAGAGUUCACUUUUUAAGUUUUUAACUCAUUUUAAAUGAUGUGUAUGCAGAGUUUUAAAAUAAAUUCGUCUAACAAUAA